GUUCGGUUUUCUUAGAUCCCGGGCCGAAUCGAAGGUUAUUUAUUAUGUCAAAAAAAAAAAAAGUGACACCCUUCAAACCCUUUUCGGUACCCGCACAAGGAAAAUUCACAGUGUAAACGCAUUAAUUAUUACUAAAAUGUCCCAGAGAACUUCAGGGUACAGUUCGUCCUCGUACUACUCGGGUAGCAGGAGAAGCGAACGCAGUCGCAGCUUACAGCAGCCGAUGAGCCCCAGGACCGCACCGGUGCACUCCCGGUCAAGGAGUUUCGAUACGAACCGAGGAGGCACCUCGGGUCAAGCGAUGAAGAAGAAAUACCCGAGACCAGAGGAGUGCGAGUGUGGUCCGGACAUCUACGGGGCCCUACUCGGCCCCACUGUAGACGAGCAGAUCCUCGCUGGUCUACAGGCGCUCUUUAGCAUGGCAGAGGUUUGUCCAGAAGAACCGCCGGCUAGCGUGCACAGCAUCAAACCCCCCCCUGAACCUGAUCCAGAGGUGUCCAGCUACAGGAGUGAACCCUCCGAGCAAGUGUCCUCUCCCUACCCCAGCGUACGGAGCGAGAGUUUCAACGAACCAGAACGAAGCGAGUCCGUGGUCACCGGAUAUCCGGAGGAGCAAUCUGCGGAGACCGAGGAGAAGGAAGAUAGUUACGUCAGUGCCGUCACCAAAGAAGAGUCGGCCUCAACGGAAGUCACCCAGUCCACCGGAACGGCGCAAACCGAGGCCGAGUCCCAAAACUCCGGUUUCCAAACCGAGGAGAGCGAAGUGGAAACUCACCUGCCCACCACCUCCAGCUCCGAGGCCAAAUCGCAGACCAGCAGCGAACAGUCCUGCCAGUGUCACCCCAUCAAAGCGGAAUGCGAGUGCGUUAAGCCUGCGGGGUGCCUUCCUCCUCACGCCGCGUGUCUUUCUCCCUCUUUCUACGACCCUUCCCUCGACGCUUACGUCUCUUUCGUAUCCCCCCCGGGGCCCAUUCAACCUCCCACAACGACUCCCUGUGGUCCUUGUGUCACUUCCAACCCAUGUAAGCUUGGUGGUGAAGCGUUCGUGCCGACACCUCAUCAUCCUUCAUCUGUCCACGAGUCUUCACAUCAUCAUUCCCCCUCUAUUCAUGAAUCUUCUCAUCAUCACGCACCAUCACAGCAUGCUCCGUCCGUUCAUGAGCCUUCACACCAUCAUUCUCCCUCCAUACAUAAAUCUUCACAGCAUGCUCCCUCUACUCACGAGCCUUCUUAUUACGCUCCAUCUAUCCAUGAAUCAACGCAUCAUCAUCAUCAUUCACCGUCUGUCCACGAGCCUUCACAUCAUCACGCAACUUCUAUUCAUGAACCUUCACAUCAUCAUGCAACUUCUAUUCAUGAACCUUCUCAUCAUCACGCACCAUCACAGCAUGCUCCGUCCGUCCAUGAGUCUUCACACCAUCAUCCUUCCUCCACACAUCAUGCUCCCUCUACUCAUGAAUCUUCACAUCAUCAUCAUCAUCAUCAUGAGUCGUCCCAUCAAGAAACAUCAACUCACGCUCACUCGUCCGAUGGUCCAGCGUCGUUGCACGAUCACCAUCAGCAUAAGAAAGCGGAAACUGCCCAAAAAGAGAAAAAAGACCACUCAAAGAGCUCCUGCUCGUGCUCAAGCGGAAGUUCCAGCAGCCUGAUCACCAGAACGAAAUCGAGACCGUGCAGCUGCUGCGGCAGUCAAACCUCCUCGUCGGACACAAAAGACUCCUCCACCUCCUACACCUGCAUAUCCAGUAAAACUGGGAAAACUUUACGCAUCCAGGUUGCCAAUUGUGAAACUCUUACUGCUACUACUACUACUAAGAGAGAUUCCAGCUCGACCUCUUGUCCCUGUCUACAACAGCUGCGGAACAAAAAAAUGUCUUCAUGCGUGUGCGAUAAAAAGAGACCGAGUUGCAACUGUUGCCAAACAAAGAAGAACAAGAAGAAGAACAUAAUGAUUUGCGAGUGCAAUGAGAGUCGUAGCAGCAGUAACGAGCCGGAUGAAGUGAGCGGGAUCGAGGAGGACAUGGGCGACGCGAAGAAGUGCGAGGUCCGAUACGCCAUCACGAAGAUCACCAAGUUCCAGAGUUACACCACUUUCGAGGUGAUGAAGUCGACGAGGAAGAGGCCUAAAGUGUUGCCCGGCAAGCUGGAGGGGGUGUUCGUUUUGAGGAACAAGAACCGGAAGUAGAUGGGGGUGCGAUGGAAAUGUUCUUUGGUCAUUUCUGAAUAAAUUGUUAUAGUUUCA